UCUAUGUUUGUGGGUGGAGAAGGGGAGUAACUUUUAUAGAUUGUUAUAUUUAUCAUUAGGUUUUUCCCUUACUAAUCAUUCCGAGAAAGGAUUAUGUAUGUAGGUGCAUGUACAAUUUAUCAUUGUCAUUUAGAUUUUACACUUAAGUUAUGAUAAUGUGAUCCAGAUUUGUCUUGCAUGUCAAAAUUUUGUUAAAUCUUGCCUUCUUUGUUCUCACAAAGUUUCCCCUUAGCAGUGAUUCAAUAUGGUAUAAUCAAUGAAGCCUUCAAUCUGUUUAUGGAAUGAUUUGACGCUGCAAGAUGCUAGAGAAUUAUCAUCAUGUGAAUCAGCUCAGCAGCUAAAAAGUUGGUUAUGUACUAAAUUCAAUAUUGAGCAUGAAGAGCCUCAAAUCAAAGAUAAAAUAUUGUUGGAUCUUUAUUUUUACACAAUACUAUUCUCAAAAGAAAAAUCAUUUAAUGAAGAACAAACCUCAUCAUUUUUUUCAAUUGUAAAGAACACUCACGAGAAAGCUAUUGAAACAUCCUUUGGUAAUCUUGAUGAAACAUUUUCUUAUUUCAAAGACCUGAUAGCAUGUCACAGUGCCAAGAGACCACCAUUUUGUGUUCACAUAUUUCAAGUACACGAAAUCAAAGCUAUUACCGACUAUGUUUUAAAAACAUAUUUCCGCCAUUUCAAACUGUACAAGUAUGCGUUUACACCAAAGAUUAUUAUGAAUGUAUCGAUAACAUAUCAAGGUAUACCUGAAGAAACCGUGGAAGAAAACGAAGAACUGAACCCAGAUAUAGCUGUAGAAGAUGCACAAACGGAGAGUGACGACAAAGCUGAGGACGCAAAUGAGGAUGCAAUUGAAAAUAAUGACCCUCCAGCUGUACAAGAGCUUAAGAGUAUCAUCGAAGCAACUUUAGAAGAUCAAAUAACAAAGCUGAAAGUCAGUGUCGAUCAAAAGUUAAAAGCCAACGAAGAAGCCAUUUUAAAAUCGGUUGCAGGUGAUAAGAAGAAAAUUAAUCCGCCCAGAAGUGCCAGAAAGGGAAAGAAGAAAUAAACGCCAAUACCAAGUUCUAACAUUCUGUUUGCUCAGUCAUUGUAACGGGCGGGGAUUUUGAUGGGGUAACAUUUUGCCUCAAAAUGUGCUAUCUUAAGUUAAUUAAUUUUCCUGAACACUUAUUUUCGCGAUGUUAAAACAAAUAGUUUUCAAAAAUCAGUCAUAUUUAGAUAAUUCGCGAAGAUUUUAUCGCGUAUGGGCCAAUUUAAUAGUCUUUGUGAAAAAUUAUUUUCGGGAAUCUACUGGCCUUUUAUUGAACUGACCAUUAUAUUUGGCAGGCACAAAAUAAGAAGUAAAUUUACCCAGAAAAACAAAAUUAUAUUUCAAAAAAGAUAAAUUUGCGACGGUUAAUUUUAGCGAAGAAGGUUUCCCUUGUAAUUUCACAAAGAUUUAUUAUUGCAAAUCGAUAUUUCCAGAAAUUUUCCGGCAGACAAAUUUUCACGUAUAAUAGUUAGAAAGUUGUAUUUAUACAUUGUUAAUAGAGUUAAUAUAUUUUUUU